AUGUUUCAGCCUCAACCCACGCCUUUUGCCUCCUCCAGCUUCGCGUCGUAUGGCCUAGCUUCCAACUUGGACUUUGGCUUUCCCGUGUCCGCUGGAGGUGGAGGUACUAACACUGCUGCGACCACCGCUGGUACUGCCACAACCAACGCUACCACUACGGCCACUUCCACCGCUGGAUACUACAACCCUUCAGCGCCCUCACAGCAGCAGCAGCAGCAGCAGCAGCAGCAACUUGCCCAGUCGCAUUCACAGCUGCAAUCGCAAUCGCAAUCUCACACUCAUCAACCACAACAACAAUUACCUUUGCACCACCAACACCAGAACCAACAUCCGCCCCAGCCGCAUCUUGUUCACCACCAGCAUAUUUCCCCUCGACAACAACAGCUUUCCACCUCAGCCGCACCUCCCCCCUCAUCGCCCUACUCCAACUCUGCCUCUGCUUCUGUUUCUACGCCUUCGCAAACCUCAAACUCAAACCCUUCUUCCUCACCAAGCUUAGCGCAACUUCAGAACCACACAAGACUACACCAACACCGCCACCAGCAAUACCCAACCCAGGUGGUGCUCAAGAUGGAGGAUCAAGGCCAGCACGGCAUGGCCGCCCAGCAGGAUGCUGCUCGUCACUAUCAGCCUGUUCUCGAGGGCCUCAAAGUUGGGAACAAAAUCCUCAGCGAUGCCAUUACCAACGAGUACGCAAAGGCUGACCCUGUUUACGUUGAAAAGACAAUCGUACGUUGA